AUGGAAAAUCAGCUCUGGCAUGACACCCUGGGGUGCUGUAAUCAAUACCAAGAAAGCCCCCAGGAUGUUGAAGACAUCUUAUUCCUGCUGGUGGGACUUAUCAUUCUUGUCAACAUUGGCAUCAACGUGGCAACUGUGAUGUGGCAUGAGCUCCAGAAUGCCUUAGACAAGAUUGUCUAUUGGAUUAAUCAGAAAAAUGAAGUCCAGCCUAGUGAAUGUUUCCCCAAAGAUCCCCCAGCCAAGGUCCAGGACAUCCACAUCCACUGCGUCCUGGACCCUGUACAGGUGAGGAUGACCCAACCGACACGAUACUCCUCUUCCUCCUAUCACUAUCUCCACAACCGCCGGAACCGCCACCAACAACGCCGCCAGUGCCAACGCCGCCAGUGCCACCAACGCUGCCGCCCCAGCUACCAGCAGAGGCCACGGAACCACAGAAAAUUCUCCCAUGGUCGCCCAGUCUUUCGUAACCAAACUCACAAUCGCAAGAUGUCACAGCUGCAGUCGAUACCCUUUUUUGAUCUGGAAGACCGGGACUCCUACCUAGAUGAAGAGGAUCUGACCUUCCCACAUCCCCAGAACCCAUAUGGAGGCUGGGGAGGGCUCUAUCAGCGGAUGGGUCUGCCCUCCAACAUGGGGUUAUGGGGCCGCAAAGGUGGAAUCCUGGCCAGCUUGCCACCACCCUCUAUCUACCUGUCACCAGAACUGCGCCUCUUACCCAAGCGUGUAGAGGCCAAGUCAGAGCUGAGGCUGCAGUCCUCUGGGCCCCAUUGCUCACAAUCCCGAAUUUGGGGCAACACAGAGGCUGAGCAAUGGACCUCAUCUCCACUACCUCCCCGCCGACUGCCCCCUAACCCCUCCUGGGUCCCUGGGGGGCACAGCCCUUACUCUUCAGGGGGUCAGACACUGUAUGAUGCCUGGGAUCAGCGACGGCGUUGUGUGGAGGGCUCUGAACCCCCACCUACCUUGGUGUCCCGGAACCCUAGGCAGGAGGCCCAGGGCUAUCGGGAGCACUACUCCCCACAAUCCCACCGAAGGAAUCUCCCUGGUCACGCUCAUAGCCAGCCCAACCGCAGCCCAUAUCCAUCCAUGGGACAUUUGGGUUAUAGCACCCGGGAUUCUCAUGAGGUACGCCGCAGGGCUGCUGACUGGGCUGAGGCUGUGCCUCCUCGGCAUCCUCUGACCACUUCCACCUCCCUCACUGUGAUGGGUGAGGCUUCAUAUCAACGGGUUCCAGCUGCCAGCUCAGCCAUGCUCCCUCACUCUUCCCAGCCCUUGCCUGAAGUCCAGGCUAUUGAUCCUGCCCCAGUCCCAGCCACCUUUGUCCCACUCAGUAGGAAUCCAGGGGGCAAUGCCAAUUACCAGGUGUAUGACAGCCUGGAGCUGAAGCGGCAAGUGCAGGAAAGUAGAGUGCGGGCCAGCUCACUGCCACCACCUUCCACCUCAACCUCAAGGCCCUCUCUGCACAGGAGUCGAACUGGGAAACUUAACUGA